AUGGCUGGACUGGGGCCGGCUGGUCCCACGGACUUCUCCUGCCCUCUCCCUGUCCGCCGAGCACGGGCAGACGUGCUGCUACAGCCCAAAGCCAAGCGUGUGCAGGCGGGGAGGAGCCGGGCCGGCGCCUUCGGCUUUGGCCUCCCCACAUUUCCUUCUCCGGGCUCUCGGGGCCCCUCUAUGUGGCUGGCGUUGGACCCAGCAGGGCAAAGCAUUCACAAGCUGAGAGAGAACGUGUUCCAAGAGCAUCAGACCCUCAAGGAGAAGGAGCUCGAGACGGGCCCCAAAGCUUCCCACGGCUACGGAGGGAAGUUCGGUGUGGAGCAGGACCGGAUGGACAAGUCAGCCGUGGGCCACGAGUACCAGUCCAAGCUCUCCAAGCACUGCUCGCAGGUGGAUUCCGUGAGGGGCUUCGGGGGCAAAUUCGGGGUCCAGAUGGACCGAGUCGACCAGUCUGCUGUGGGUUUUGAAUAUCAAGGCAAAACUGAGAAACAUGCUUCGCAGAAAGACUAUUCCAGCGGUUUCGGUGGCAAGUACGGCGUGCAGGCUGACCGGGUGGACAAGAGCGCCGUGGGCUUCGAUUACCAGGGCAAGACGGAGAAGCACGAAUCCCAGAAAGAUUAUUCUCGAGGUUUUGGUGGCAAAUACGGAGUGGACAAGGACAACGUGGACAAAAGCGCCGUGGGCUUCGAGUAUCAGGGCAAAACGGAGAAGCACGAGUCCCAGAAAGACUAUGUAAAAGGGUUUGGAGGCAAGUUUGGUGUGCAGACAGACAGACAGGACAAGUGUGCCCUGGGCUGGGACCAUCAGGAGAAGGUGCAGCUCCACGAAUCCCAAAAAGACUAUUCCAAAGGCUUUGGCGGAAAGUACGGAGUGCAAAAGGACAGGAUGGAUAAAAAUGCCUCGACCUUUGAAGACAUUUCAAAGGCUUCAUCCGCUUACCAGAAGACCCUGCCCGUAGAAGCUGCGAACAGCAAGACCAGCAACAUCCGAGCUAACUUCGAGAACCUGGCCAAGGAGCGGGAACAAGAAGAUCGCAGGAAGGCCGAGGCCGAGAGGGCCCAGAGGAUGGCCAAGGAGAAGCAGGAGCAGGAGGAGGCCCGCAGGCAGCUCGAGGAACAGGCCAGAGCCAAAAAGCAGACUCCAUCUCCCUCUUCCACUCCUCAGCCACAGGCCGACGAGAGGCCGCCCGCCAGCCCUGUCUAUGAGGAUGCUGUGACCUAUGAGGCAGAGCCGCGGUACAAAGGCCAUUCCCCAGCCUAUUCUGGGCCGGAGCCAGAGUCCACUGAGUACUCCACUGUGCAGUCAGACUAUCAAGAGGCAGCCAACCAGCAGGACCUGGCACAGGAGUCUGAAGCCGUGUAUGAGACAGCGGAGUCCCUGGCUCAAAACCAAGCAGAAGAAAAUACUUAUGAUGAAUAUGAAAAUGACCUUGGGAUCACAGCCAUAGCCCUCUACGAUUAUCAGGCUGCUGGUGACGACGAAAUUUCCUUCGAUCCCGACGACAUCAUCACCAACAUCGAAAUGAUCGACGAUGGCUGGUGGAGAGGCGUGUGCAAAGGCCGCUAUGGGCUCUUCCCAGCCAAUUACGUUGAAGUGCGACAGUAGACAGGACGGAUUCUCAUCAAUGCCUUAAUGCCAUAGUCUGCAAACCCUGAUUUCUACACUACAAAAUCAUGCUUUGGGGAGGAUGACGAGGGGGAGAUACUCCAUAUUGCUUUUAUAUUUAAUACUUUUGCUGAUGCUCUGAAGAAUGUUUAACCCUCAGAAUUUGCUAAUAUAUUAUAAUCAUGUUUCCUUGGAGGACUCGGGUGAGGGUGUUGAAGCAUUUACAGCCUUUUCCUUUUUGCCAAAUCAAGUGGUUGUUACAAGAAGCCAUGCCAGGACUGCGUGGGAGGUCUUUGUAUCUGGGAGGCGGGGAGCGGCAGGACAGAGCUACUGAGGAAAUCCUUCAUCAUCUGCCUGUUGGCAGCUCCAGCAAUGACCUGUGGGUCUCGGAAGGGAGUGUCGGGUUCCUUGGGGCUGGAGGGGGUCACUGAAGAACUGUCUAUCCAGCCUUUCGUCACGAGGCACAUCCCUCACCCAACUUAGAGACUUCCUUUCUGCCCGUCUCCACAGGCACCCAAAGAUGGAGAUCUGAGUUAGGGCUUUAUUGGGUUUGUAUUUAUCACUUUCUACCUUCUCAGCCCUCUUCCCAGAAAUCCCAGCUCCAGGAACCUGCAAGUCCUCCUGGUUCCUUUAGGAUCCGCUAGUUCCUGUAAGUGUUGCUCUUCCCAAUCUCCCGACUACUUAUCUGCCUCCACAUCUUUUCAACGCGGCUGCUGGAUGAUGAUGAUGAUGAUGAUGAUGUUCGCCCUUCAGGGCUGACGUCUCUCCUAACAUGAAAACCUCCAUAGAGUAGCAGCUGCUGGACAAGACUGCUGGGUGGUAACCAUUGCAGCCUGUUGAGGGUGUGUGUGUGUGUGUGUGUG